AUGACGAUAAGUCCUCCGACGCAGACUACACCACAGACGAUAGCAAUCGCCACUGGCACAUUGAUGUUUAAGGACCUCACAUUCAGCAAAGGGAAGAUUGCCGGCUACAAGCUGUUCGAGGUGAUAAGGCAGAGGCCAAAGAUAGUUCAGGACACGGCUGAUGGGAGGUGCCUUGAUGAAGUUCAUGGCAACAUUGAGUUUGAGGAGGUGGCCUUCAUCUAUCCUUCCUCCCCUGAUGUCAUGAUUUUUCGCGAUUUUUCUCUCUUCUUCCCCGUUGGGAAGACUGGAGCGGUCAUUGGUGGCAGUGGCAGUGGGUCUGGAAAGAGCACGAUUGUUGCUCUCAUUGAGCGGAUUUACGAUCCUAAUCAGGGACAAGUUUUGCUGGAUAAAGUGGACAUCAAGACGCUGCAAUUGAAGUGGCUCAGGGACCAGAUUGGUCUGUGA